UAAACUCUGUAGAGGCGGGGUCAAAGGGUGGGCUCGUGUAGCAGAGAAGGCGGUCAGAGACACGACUUCCUGCUCCGGGGGAAGCAAGAAACAACCGAAGACGGGGGCAAAGAAAAUACACACAUAACAGACGGCGAUCCACAACCAGGCCAAUGGCGGACGGGAGGAUCUACGUGGGGAACCUUCCUCCGGACGUGCAGGAGCGGGACAUAGAGGACCUGUUCUUCAAAUACGGAAAGAUCCGCGACAUCGAGCUGAAGAACAACCGCGGCACCAUCCCCUUCGCCUUCGUCCGCUUUGAGGACCCCCGGGACGCAGAAGACGCCGUGUAUGGACGCAACGGCUACGGGUUCGGCGACUGUAAGCUCCGUGUGGAAUACCCGCGCUCGUCCUCCAAGUUCAGCAGCCCCAUGGGAGGGGGCCCCCGGGGCCGCUUUGGCCCCCCCUCCCGGCGCUCAGAGUUCCGCGUAAUUGUGACAGGCCUCCCCCCGACGGGCAGCUGGCAGGACCUGAAGGACCACAUGCGGGAGGCGGGGGACGUGUGCUUCGCUGACGUGCAGCGGGACGGCGAGGGCGUGGUCGAGUUCCUGCGCAGAGAGGACAUGGAGUACGCGCUCCGCCGCCUCGACAGGACCGAGUUCCGCUCGCACCAGGGGGAGACUGCUUAUAUCCGGGUGCAUGAGGAGAGGGGUUCCAGCUGGGGGCGCUCACGGUCCCGCUCCAGGUCGCGGGGUCGUUACUCUCCUCCUUACCAAAGCAGGGCCUCCCCGCCCCCCCGCUACCAUUCCCCCCCACCCAGACGCCACUCCUCCCGCCACAGCCCCCCCUCACGCCACAGCCCACCCUCACGCCACAGCCCCCCCUCACACCACAGCCCACCCCGCCAUUACCGAUAAACACACACACACACACACACCCCAGCCCAA